UAUGGGGUUACGAAAUUACAAGGUAAAAAAAUAAUUACAUAAUAUACAUAAGAUAAUAAGUACAUUUACACAUCUUUAUUUUUAGGCAAACCGAAUUAUUCGCUUGUUCUUGAACACGCAAACGGUGGGACAUUGGGAAAUUACUUAAGGACUAACGCUGAAACCUUUAAAUGGGAAAGCCAAUUACAGUUUGCUAAAGAAAUUGCGGGUGCAGUUUCCUGUUUACAUCGUAAUAAAAUUAUUCACGGAGAUAUUAAUCCCAAUAACAUCUUGAUACAUCAACAAAUGAUAAAAUUGGCCGAUUUUGGUUGCUCGCUACUGCAAGGAGAUAAAGUAUCCACUGGUCGACGUGGCACAAUACCUUACGUGGAUCCUAAAUUUUUUUAUGGGUUUUGUGAUUUAACUGAAAAAUCUGACAUAUACAGUUUGGCAUUAGUGUUCUGGGAAUUGACAAGCCGUUCAUCACCUUUUGAUUAUGAACCGAAAAAAAAUGAUUUGGAAAUCAUGCAUGAAAUUUUUGAGGGUAAAAGAGAAGAUCCUUUGCCAGACACAAAUAGUAAAUUCGUUGCGCUUUAUCAAAAAUGUUGGAAAUGUGAACCAGAUGAAAGACCAGAUAUUUGCGAAGUGAUUUCAGUCUUCAAUAGUAUUGAUCCUAUUAAGUCUGAAAACAAUAAAUCGCAGACGAACUUUGAUCCCAAAGAAAACGAGAAAGGUGCAAUGACAGAAGAAUUAGAAGAUCAAGAUAUGUCCAAUUACGAUAUAAAUUCCAGUAAAUAUAGUCAUUUGUAAUGAUUACCAAAUAAUCUUAUGAUUUUCGUUUUUAUAUUAUUAGAGUAACGGUUAACAGUGUUUAGUAAAAUACGGUAUCUGUCUUUUUUCUUCUAAUUCCUUUCGUUUUUUUAUUUCGUAUUUUUGUACUCAAAAAAAAAUAUACCCAGGGG